GAGCUACACGCUGAAAGACAAAACCCCACCCAUAUCCUCUGUGUGCAGCGUAGGGCUUCGGAUUCCGCCGGAAAAUGGACCCCGCCCAGGAAGCCCAAAACCGGGAAGCUUUCCGCCAGGCGGUGAUCAACACCCUCGAGCGCCGCGUCUUCUACAUUCCUUCCUUCAAGAUCUACCGCGGCGUCGCCGGCCUCUACGACUACGGCCCUCCUGGCUGCGCCGUCAAGUCCAACGUCCUCGCCUUCUGGCGUCAGCAUUUUGUUCUAGAAGAAAACAUGUUGGAAGUUGAUUGCCCAUGUGUGACACCAGAAAUUGUGCUAAAGGCAUCAGGUCAUGUUGAUAAGUUUACUGAUCUCAUGGUGAAGGAUGAAAAGACUGGAACUUGUUACCGUGCUGAUCACCUACUCAAAGAUUUCUGCAAGGAGAAGCUUGAGAAAGAUCCUAAGAUCACAGAAGAGAAAGCAGCUGAGUACAAGCAUGUUCUUGCUAUACUUGACGAUCUUUCUGCCGAAGAAUUGGGUGCAAAGAUCAAGGAAUAUGGUAUUACUGCCCCUGAUACCAAGAACCCUCUGUCUGACCCCUAUCCAUUCAACUUAAUGUUUCAGACAUCUAUAGGUCCAUCUGGUUUGAGUCCUGGGUAUAUGCGCCCUGAGACAGCACAAGGCAUUUUUGUGAACUUCAAGGAUUUGUACUACUAUAAUGGGAACAAACUCCCUUUUGCUGCUGCUCAGAUUGGUCAAGCUUUUAGGAAUGAGAUAUCUCCUCGACAAGGUCUGCUAAGAGUCCGUGAGUUCACAUUGGCUGAGAUAGAACAUUUUGUGGAUCCAGAGGAUAAGUCUCACCCAAAAUUUCCUGAAGUUGCCAACUUGGAAUUUCUGAUGUUCCCAAGGCAAGACCAAGUCUCUGGGCGAUCUGCAAGGACAAUACGUCUUGGUACAGCAGUUUCUGAGGGCACUGUCAACAAUGAAACACUGGGCUAUUUUAUUGGGCGGGUGUAUUUGUUCUUGACUUAUCUUGGUAUAGAUAAAGAUCGCUUACGGUUCCGCCAACAUCUUGCAAAUGAGAUGGCACAUUAUGCUGCAGAUUGUUGGGAUGCUGAGAUUGAAUGUUCUUAUGGAUGGAUUGAAUGUGUUGGUAUUGCUGAUAGAUCUGCAUAUGAUUUGCGAGCUCACACGGAUAAAAGUGGUGUGCCCCUUGUGGCAGCUGAAAGAUUUGCAGAGCCCAGAGAAGUGGAGAAACUUGUUAUAACUCCAAGUAAGAAGGAGCUGGGCCUUGCAUUCAAGGGAAACCAGAAGAUGGUGGUUGAAGCAUUGGAGGCAAUGGAGGAAAAAGAAGCUAUGGAAAUGAAAACCACUUUGGAGACCAAGGGGGAGGUAGAAUUCCGUGUUUGCACGCUAGGGAAGGAUGUCACCAUAAAGAAGAACAUGGUCACAAUCUCUAAGGAGAAAAAGAAGGAACAUCAGAGGGUUUUCACACCCUCAGUAAUUGAACCAUCUUUUGGUAUUGGAAGGAUAAUUUACUGUCUCUAUGAGCAUUCCUUCUAUACACGUCCUAGUAAAGGUGGUGAUGAACAGUUGAAUGUUUUCCGUUUCCCUCCACUUGUGGCACCUAUCAAAUGCACUGUAUUCCCAUUGGUUCAGAAUCAGCAGUAUGAGGAGGUUGCCAAAAGCAUAGCAAAAUCAUUAACUGCUGCUGGUAUUUCAUAUAAGAUUGACAUAACAGGUACCUCAAUAGGGAAGCGGUACGCGAGGACAGAUGAACUUGGGGUUCCCCUCGCCAUUACAGUGGAUUCAACAUCUUCAGUGACAGUCCGGGAGAGAGAUAGCAAGCAACAGGUUCGGGUCAACAUUGAGGAGGUGGCAUCAGUUGUGAAGGAAGUGACGGAUGGUGUGAGCACUUGGGGUGAUGUGCAGUGGAAAUAUCCAAGUCAUUCAUCCGCGGGAGGCGAGGAGUGAAGAUGGGAGGUUAUAAUCUUGCUUUUUGGCACUGAUGUUGUCAAAUCCAACAUUUGAUGUUAUAAUCCUGCUGUUUUAGCACCAAAUCUAUUUGAUGUUAUAAGCCAUGAUUAUCUCUUACGUUGUGAAAUUAAAAGAGACAUGGCUUAGUGUUUCAUUGGCAUGAAUAUGAUUACGGCUUCUAGAACAGUAAAAGCAGGCAAGCUUUCUAACCAAUUGUGCAAUUUGUUUUCAGUUGUGAACCGACCCUCUGCAUGUCUGCUGAUGCACUGUUUGUAAUAGUUCACAAAGCUGAGCUACCAUUUAUAGUAGUCUCUUUUGUCUUAUAA